UGAAUAUGUCAACAUUCUUACAUCAACAAUGUUACUUGCAAUUAAAUUUUAAUAAUCAAACAAAAAUCAGCAACUUCUUCUUCCUCGAUUCCUUUUUCUUAUAUAUUUCUCAUCUCCAUAAAUUCAACCAUCAAAUUCAAGAUUAUGCCAACACUUUCGAAAUGAACAACGAUAAUCGUAGUGGACUUCUUCGAAUUCGCCUCCUCCGAGGCCACAAUCUCGCCAUUCGCGAUGCUCCAACUCGUAGCAGCGAUCCCUACGUCGUCAUCACCUCCGCUAACCAGAAAUUCAAAUCACGCGUGGUGAAAAAAAAUUGCAAUCCAGAAUGGAACGAGGAAUUCACACUUUCGGUUACCGAUGUCAACACACCAAUCAAAUUAGCAGUGUUUGACAAAGAUAGAUUCACGAAAGACGAUGGAAUGGGGGAUGCAGAGAUCGACAUAAAACCAUACAUGGAAUGUUUGAAUAUGGGAUUAGAGAAUCUACCAAAUGGUUGUGUAGUGAAAAGGGUUCAACCAAGCAGAUCAAACAGCCUUGCAGAUGAAAGCCCUUGUGUUUGGAAUGACGGGAAGAUCGUUCAAGAUAUGACUCUUAGAUUGCAGAAUGUUGAAUGUGGUGAAAUCAUGAUUCAACUUCAAUUGUUCAAUGUUUCUAUUUUCAGAGGCCGAAGAACCUACUCUUUAGCAUGAACAAACUCUGCCCCUCAACUGCCUUGCUUUUGAUUUUACUUCGUCGUUGUUUGCCGUGGGUGUCUCUUCAUUCUGCUUCUUUCUUCUCUGUUUUCUUAUCAACUCCAACUUCAGAAUUUAACCAUUUGAUUGGCUUGUAAAUGUAGAUUGUCAUUUUGUUGAUAUAAUAUUUGUGAAAUUGUAUUGUACUAUUGUUUGGGUACUUAGAACACAUUAUUGUUUUUUGACCCCUCAAGAUUGUUCGUUUAUUUGAAUGCUUUUGUUGAGGUAUUUAUUUCUUUUCUUGUUAUA